ACACCAAAGAAGGAAACGACCUCACGGUGAGCUGUUGUACAUCUUGUAGUCCAAACUGCUCCUAUGUGUGGAAGAUGGGGAGUCAGCAGAAAACAACGAGCUUUGAGAUGAAAAUACCAAACAUAAGACGAGAUCAGGCAGGAAACUACACGUGUACUAUAACCAACACUGGCACCUCGACGUCAAAGAGCAAACAGUUUCAGCUGGGUGUUGACUAUGGCCCAGACACCGUAACGUUCAGCUCGACACCACCAGACCACAUCAACGAAGGUGACAGUCUUCGAGUGAAGUGUAUUGCUGAAUGUAAACCAGGCUGCUCUUAUUCCUGGACAUUAGGGAAUCAGCAGAUUGGAACAGAUCCGGUACAGCUAAUUUCAAGCAUCAGACGAGAACAGUCAGGAACUUACAUGUGUACUGUCACCAACAACGCUAUCCGGGACAGCAAAACAAAGAUAUUUUCGCUCGACGUUUAUUGUGAGUGUUUAUAUUCAAUCUCAAUCCUCACAUGGUAGU